GUUCAGGAGCCGGAGCCAGCCGGGGGCCUGGGAACUGGAACCCCGCGCCUGCACAAGAUGCUGCGUUCCACCCUGAGCGCCCAGGGCGGCACCUGGACAGAGACCUUCCCUCUGCUCUUGGCUCUUGCCGUUUCCCUCUACUUGGGCUACUACUGGGCAUGUGUGCCCCAGAGACCUCGCUUGAUAGCCAGCCCCAAGUUUUUGGCCUUCCUGGAGCAACAUUGUCCCAUCACUGUGGAGACCUUCUACCCCACACUGUGGUGUUUUGAAGGACGGCUACAAACCAUCUUUCGCAUCUUUGUGCAGCCUCAGCCCCUGGUCUCUUACCGGAGUGAAGUUCUUCAAACCCCAGAUGGAGGCCAGUUCCUGUUAGACUGGGCUGAGCAGCCUAACAGCAACAAAUACCCUGACCCUACCACCCAGCCCGUAGUGUUGCUGCUUCCAGGCAUCAGCGGCAGUAGCCAGGAGACAUACAUCUUGCACCUGGUUGACCAAGCUUUGAGAGAUGGCUAUAGGGCUGUUGUAUUUAAUUACCGGGGCUGCCGUGGGGAAGAACUGCUGACCCACAGGGCUUAUUGUGCCAGCAAUACUGAAGAUCUAGAGACAGUUGUGAACCACAUAAAGCGCCACUACACCCAAGCUCCACUGCUGGCCGUGGGCAUCUCUUUUGGAGGAAUUUUGGUGCUGAACUACCUGGCACGGACCGGGACGGCUGGGGGGUUGGUGGCAGGAUUGACUCUAUCUGCAUGUUGGGAUUCUUUUGAGACUGUCAACUCCCUGGAGACUCCUCUCAACUCACUGCUCUUCAAUCAGCACCUGACUGCUAGACUCUGUCGGCUUGUGGACAGAAACAGAAAGACAAUUGAAAAGGUGUUGGAUGUAGACUUCGUGGUAAAGGCCCGUACAAUCCGCCAGGUUGAUGAGCGCUACACAUCUGUGGCCUUUGGCUAUAAAGACUGUGCAGAUUAUUACCAAGCUGCAAGCCCAAGAACCAAGGUAGAUUCCAUCCAGAUCCCUGUGCUCUGCCUCAAUGCAGCAGAUGACCCCUUCUCCCCAGUCCAUGCCUUUCCCCUGCAGGCUGUCCAACACUCUCCCAAUGUUGCACUGCUCAUCACUGCUCGGGGUGGCCACAUUGGCUUCCUGGAAGGGCUGCUGCCAUGGCAACACUGCUACAUGAGUCGCCUCCUACAUCAAUAUGCCAGAGCCAUCUUCCAGCACCCAGCAGAGCUGCUUGAACUCAGGGCACCCUCACCCUGGGGACAGAAAGAGCUGACAAGAGUACCAUUUGGGGUUUCAACUCACUCUUCCCUUUUUUAUUAAAUAUCAACUCUUCCUACCUAAUAGGCUGAGGUUCAUUUUCCCUUUCCUCAAGGCUAGAGUAGGCCAUCCUGGAACUUAUUGUAUAUUUAGACUGGC